AUGGCGACCCUUACACGCCUUUUGGUCUUUCUGUCCUAUCUCUCAGUUUCUCUCGCUUUGCAAUUCCGCGGCGUUGACUGGUCCUCUGCUGCUGUUGAGGAGCAAAAGGGCAUUAAAUACACCAACAGCGCUGGCACGGCUCAGCCACUGGAACAGAUCCUCGCUGCGAAUGGCGUCAAUUCAGUCCGUCAGCGCGUCUGGGUGAACCCUUCCAAUGGCGAAUACAACCUCGACUACAACAUCAAGCUCGCCAAGCGUGCAAAGGCUGCGGGCAUGAGCGUUUACUUGACGCUGCACUUUAGCGACACCUGGGCUGAUCCGGGCCACCAGGCAAUUCCUCGUGGAUGGCCCACUGGUAUCGAUGAUUUGGCGUGGAGACUCUACAACUACACUCUUGAUGUCUCCAACGCUUUCCAGGCUGCUGGUGUCCCUCCCGCUCUCAUCUCCAUCGGUAACGAAAUCACCGCCGGUCUCCUCUUUCCCACCGGAUCAACAAAGUCAUACUACAACAUCGGCCGUCUUCUCAACUCUGCUUCCUACGGCAUCAAGGAUUCCCGUCUUAGCCCGAAGCCCAAGAUCAUGAUCCAUCUCGACAAGGGCUGGGACUGGGGUACCCAAGAGUACUUCUACACUCAGGUCCUCAACCAAAAGGGAAUCGCGCUCAAUGCUUUCGACGCCAUGGGUGUUUCUUUCUACCCCUUCUACGGAUCAGGCGCUACCUUUUCGGCUCUCGAGACUUCGCUCACCAACAUGGCGAACAAAUGGGGCAAGCAGAUCUUUGUUAGUGAGCUUGACUGGCCGACUUCUUGCCCUUCUCCCGCACAGCCCUUCCCUAGCGAUAUGAAGAAUAUCCCUUUCUCUGCUGCUGGUCAGACGCAGUUUAUUCAAAAGGUGGCUAGUAUUGUUAGCAAGGUCCGAGGUGGAGCGGGAUUGUUUUAUUGGGAGCCCGCUUGGAUGAACAACCAGGCUCUUGGAUCGUCUUGUCCUUCCAACACGCUGUUCGCGUGGCCUGGAAAGGCUCUUUCAAGUCUUGCUGUUUUCAAGAGCAUUUAA